AUGCUUCCAGGUCGAUGGAAAGACACAAACGUAGUAAGACUCAUGGAUGCAGAAAUACAGGCGGUGCUGGCUUUUAUUGACAGAAAGCACCCAAACCUAAAAGAAGAGCUGAAACUCCUUUCAGAAUUCACGUCUAAUUUCAUCCAUUGCGGCAGACUACCAAAUGAACGCCUCAAGAUGGAAUAUUCGAGCGACGGCAAGUUCAAUGAGCUUCUACUCCCGGAAGAUGAGUGCAUAGGAAACGGUGGCGGGCAGAGAAUGACUCUGCAGUUUGCGUGUUCACCACUUGCCGUUUCGAAUGCAGUGGCAAGUCAGCCUAGCACUGGGGCAGUGAUGGUACCGCUGACAGCACAGUUCGCCGGCGGGUCGACAGCGAAUAUCCAAUCGCAGAAUCAUCCCCAUUCUGCUCCCUCUUCACGCCCCCUUGAAGGCGCUCGAUGCUCUCUCCCUCCAAUAUCAAGCCUGCCGCGGCUCGCCGAUUCGCCGACGACAGAGCCAUCGCCAUCAGUCGAUGAGCCCUACAAUUAG